AUGAGCGUGGCCUUGAAGAAUGAUGAGCCGCAACGAGUGAAACCUACACUGAGCCCUGAUUUCUUCUACAUCUAUAAUGAUGAAGACGAGACAUCGGAUUGGGAAAAUGCUGAGCUUACUGAAUGCGCCGACAAUAGCACUCAAACUAGGGGUGGCUGGAGGCUACGCUCGCCACUACAAAAAUGUGUAAUGCCGAAUCGGAAACCGAGAAGACGAAGAGUGAAACUAAUGGAUUGGAAGAAAUACCACAGACUCGGCGUAAUAUAUUCAUUUAUAGAUGAUUUAGAAAAAGAUUACCCAGCAAUUUGUACCGUGUCAGUUAUUGGAAAAUCCGUGGAAGGACGAGAUAUCAAGAUGUUAAAGAUUUCAAAUAGCAAUGCAAGCAAUUCUGGAGUAUGGUUGGACGCCUGUAUACAUCCUCGGGAGUGGAUCAGUACCGCAGUCGUCACCUACAUUGCGGACAUGCUUGUCAAAAACUUCUUCACUCUUUCUUCAUCUAUCACUAAUAAGGAUUGGCACAUCAUACCAGUUUUGAAUCCGGAUGGCUACGAAUACACGCACACACACGAACGCAUGUGGAGAAAAAAUCGUGCGAGAUAUGGAGGUGAAUGUGUGGGUGUAGAUCUCAACAGAAAUUUUAGUUAUGCAUGGGGACAGAGCAACGGCGAAGAAGGAUCUUCUGAUGAACCAUCUCAUGUGUUCUAUAGAGGCCCAGCACCAUUUUCGGAGCCAGAAACGAUCGCAGUGAGAGAUACAAUAUUGGGAUCAAUAACUCCCUUCAAGGUGUUCCUGUCCUUUCAUAGCUACUUCGAGCUGAUCAUCUUUCCAUGGGGCAACAAAAAGGAUCCAUGUCCAGAUUACCUACACCUGCUGGAGGGUGGCUCAAUCAUGGCAAGGGCAAUACAUGAAGCAACCGGCAAGACUUAUAGAGUUGGAAGCACUAAAGAUCUCACGUAUUAUGCCUGCGGGACCAGCAUAGACUGGAGCUACUCAAUAGCAAAAAUACCAUAUUCCUAUAUGAUCGAGUUGAGGAGUAAAAAACACAAAUUCAGGCUACCAAAAGAAGAAAUCCUUGAAAAUUGCAUAGAAAUCUGGAGUGCUGUUAAGGAUUUGAUGGAUUAUGUGGAUCAACAUUAA